AAUCUCAGAGGGCGCGACAAAAAACCGGAGCCAAUUUUUACAAGAGGGAGUUUGUACCCCCUACCUUCUCCAAUAAAGGGCUGCGUUCGGAAACGUCACUUUAGUACUCUCCCUCUCUUUUUAUUUUACUUUUGUAUUUCGCUCACUCCAACGGCUAUCGUCUAGUAGUGCGCACACAGUGUGUCUCCGAACGCAGCAUAGGUAUGUUUAGUGAUCGCAUCGCACAAUAAUUGAUGAUAUAAUCAAGAAAUGAAUGAUAUAAAUAUAUAAAUAUGCAUCAGCAAUUGUAAUGGCAUGCAAAAUACGCAUCAUGUUUGCAACCGCGACAACACUGGGCACAUGUAUCGUAAUAUUUCAGCUGUGUUUGAUGCUAUGCGACCGCACGGAAUUGUCUAUCUUAGAUGAUGUUACACCUAUUGUGCUGUGGUGGACAUCUUUCGGUACCAAUAAUCAAGCGAAAGUCUGUGGAAGCACCAAAUGUUACUUUACACACGAUAGAGCGUUUCAGAGCAACACACGAUUAAAAAGUAUUCUUUUUUAUGGAAGUAACUUUCGCGUUCGUGAUUUACCCACUUGGAGGAAUAGUGCUGUAUCGUGGGGCUUGUUCCAUGAGGAGUCUCCCAGAAAUAAUCCUAUACUUGUUCACAAAGAAGCACUCAAUCUUUUCAAUUACUCUUCAACUUUCAGCAGAUUCAGUAAUGUACCGCUUACGCUUCUUGAUUUACCCAGUCUGGACGAAUUAAUAGGGAAAUCAUAUUAUGUUGAUACCAAAGAGAAGACUGUGUUGAUGCGUACACAGAAUUUAGCACCAGUAUUAUAUAUUCAAUCUGACUGUGAUACUGCUAGCAACAGAGAUCGCUAUGUUUUAGAAUUAAUGAAGUACAUUCGUAUCGAUUCUUAUGGUGCGUGUAUAAAUAAUGCUCAGCUUGACAACAGGUUGAAGGACAACUAUCUCGACAUAUUAAAUAAUCGUGAAUUCUUAUCCUUCGUGGCCAAAUACAAGUUUACCAUAGCCUUUGAGAAUGCGGUAUGUGACGAUUAUAUCACAGAAAAACUAUGGAGGCCUCUUAUCGUUGGUUCCGUACCUAUAUAUUAUGGAUCGCCAUCUUUUAAGGAUUGGCUCCCGAAUAAUAAAUCUGCCAUUUCGAUACUAGAUUUUGUUGAGCCACUGCAACUCGCCAAUUUUUUGCAUAAACUUGUAGAAAAUAAUUCUGCAUACGAAGAAUAUUUGCAUCACAAAUUGGGCGAACGCGAAUAUCGUGUCACGAAUGACAGAUUGCUGCAUUUCCUCGAGAGAAGACCGGCAGGAGUUUCUAAUGAAUUUGGAAAUUACGUAGAGGCAUUCGAAUGCUUCAUUUGCGAACAAAUACAAAAUAAUCGUAAGUCGCAGGUGGAUAUAGUAACGGAGCGACAAUACAAUUGUCCAUUGCCAAGAGAUCCAAUAACAAGCGAAACUGAUAAACAAAAUUGGUGGAUUGACAAGUGGAAUAUUGAGAAAUGCGGAGCCAAGUUGUUAGCUCAUUAUGCAACUAAUAACAUUAGUUUUAAUAUCAAUCAUUUUGAUAAGCAAAAAAUGCACAUGUACGACAACGGCGAAUGUUGAUGCAUACAGAAGAAUCGUAGAAUCUCGAGACUGUCAAAAUGAUUUUGGAGGAGUACUUAUAAGUUUGAGAAUUUGUUUUCAGUAUUUCUCUCUGUAUCUCAGUAUUAUAUAUAAGGGAACACAUACUUUUACACAUUUAUUUCAUAUAAAAUAAUACAGUAGAAAAGUUGAAAUUAUUAAAUACAUUUUACGAAAUGUAGAUUUCGACUGUGUCAUAAAACGAAAAGGAAAGGAAGAGAAGAAGAGAGAAACUUUUGUUCUUAUAUGUGCAUACAUAUGUGUGUAGUAUUUUUCAAAUGUACAAAGUAUCAGUCCUGAAAACUGCCAUAUUUUUUCUAACUUUUUUUUUAGAAUCGCGCUUAGCUAGCGAUUUUGUAUAUUGGAGAUACACUAAAUCACUAGCUUUGCUUUACUUUAUACACUGUAUAAGCGUAAAAGUAAAAUACAAGCUUAAAGAAAUGUUGUUUUGUAGGAGAAGCUUUCUGUAUAUAAGACUGCUCCUCUUUCAAUUUAUCGACUUUACUUGCAAAACUGGAGCAGGUACUUUCAUUAGCUCGCACAAAUGAUUUCUGAUAGGACGUAAAUCUAUGAUGGAUUGUUCCCAAUCUGUAGCAUUCAAUUUUGUGAGUAUAUUUGCCAAAUCCUCUUCCGUUAUAUCCAUUUCUUCUCCAUAAAGAGUUAAAGCUUCAUAAGUACGUAUAGCCGUAGUCUUUCUCAGACAUGUAUAUUUAUGACACAAAAAUAUACUCAACUGACAAAAUGCUCUCUUUGCAACAGGACCUCGUACCUGGUAUGCAACAGAUAACAUAAAAAAAUAUGUAUGUGUAUGUAUAAAUUUAAAUAUGUAUAAAUACAAAUAAUUGAAUAUAUACAUGCACACGCGUAAAGUUUAUGCAACAAUUAUACAUUAUUACUAUCAUCGUCAGACUUACUUGUAACAACUGGCAGAAAACAUUUAUGCUACUGAUGAGCAAUUUCAUAUUACUGGAAUAUUUGAUCUCGUGUUUCAGUAAUGUUAAUAUACGUUCAGAAAUUGUAUUGUCCGCAUCAUCCAAAAUGGACUGAAUACAGCCCGAACUUAAUAAACGAUCCAGAAAAGCCAA